AUGGCGUCGGACGCGGAAGGCCAUGUGCUUGGCAACUUCCACGCCUAUUACAGCUUCAACCCGGUGCAUGAGCGCCUGCGGUUUAUGGACGUGCAGACGGCCAAUGCCCUGAGACGCGCGCUGCUUGUCCGCAAAUCGACCGAGGACAAGGCCCAUGAGACAUCAACGGUCAUCGACAUCGGCUGCAAUGAAGGAGACUUGACUAUCGGACUCUACGACGCGCUGGACGGACGCGCAGUACUUGCAGAUGCCAACCAGAUCGACGACGUGGCCAAUUUCGACCUCGCCAAUAUCAGCACGCUGAACGAGCGCAUGCAGAAGGAGAAGAGGCAGGUGGAGUACUUGAUCCAGGACGAGGGCGAAACGAGUCACCGAAGACGCUACGUCUGUGAGCUGCAGAUUGACGGCAAGACCAUGGGUCACGGUGAGGGUGUGUCGAAGAAAGUCGCAAAGGCCAAGGCGGCUGAAGUCGCCCUAAAAGCGUUGGAUGGCACGGAACGCAAGGAGAAAGAGCAGGAGACGAAGGCAGUCGAAAAGGUUGUUCCGGAGCAGCUUCCACUGACUGAAGCAGAACUUGCAACGAGAAAGCCGCUGUUGGUUCUCGGUGUCGAUAUUGACGAGGUGCUAAUUGAGCGAGCUGCGAAGAAAUCGGUGCAGUUGACGGAGGGGGAUGCAGUGCAGUUUCGCCAUGUUGAUGUCAUGACGAGCAAGUUUAGCAAGGAGAUCACGCCUUUCUUGGAGCUGGCGACGCGCUCGACAGCGGAGCGAAAGUUCGAUCUCAUCACGUGCUUUAGUGUGACGAUGUGGAUCCACCUGAACAACGGAGACGACGGCCUCUGGAAGUUCCUGGAAACGGUCAGCGAUAUGACGGAGCACCUGAUCAUCGAGCCGCAGACGUGGAAAUGCUAUCGCAAUGCGCAUACGCGGUUGAAGCGCAUGCGAGUCGAGGUGCCUCGGUCCUUCAAGGAGAUCAAGGUGCGAACGGACGUGGUGGAGAAGAUCGACGCGUUUCUGCUGGCCGCUGGUCGCUUCCGCUUCAAGGCCCAGCUAGGCAAGACCAACUGGUCGCGGAACGUCGUCCUGUACAGCCGCAGGCCUGUGCCAGGUAUCACGUACGCCUCGUGA